UCGUAUGUAGAGAUUUUUUCGAAUCAAUCUGUGAACAGGCAAUCACUAGCACUUGCAGAACCACGAGAUAACACGGAUUUUAAGCCACCUAAUGGAAAUUUGCAUACAUCCACAUAUCGGCGACUGGGUCCGGAGAGUGAAGAAAUUGGAUUAUCAGAGACCCAUAAAAAACUGGAAGAGAUAAAUUUGAAAGAUGAUUAUAUUACCGUUUAUCCACACAGAAGUACUUUGAACAUGUUCUCCUUCAGUUUAACAGCUGAUGAUGAUGAACGAAAGGAUGUGCUGGAAUCAUCUAUGUGUAAACUAUAUCCAUACAAUUACGGCUGUACAGAUUAUCGAACCACAUCACAGAUUGAGUAUCGCCUUCAUUUUCCUAUGAAGCCAAGGCCAGAUCCACCCGAAGAUAAGCCGUGGCUUUUUUACAGACGUACACUGUCCUAUGCAGAUGAAGGUCUUACUGAGCGUAAUUGUAAUGAAAUGUUUUACGAUCAGGGAAUGGAAAUGCAUAACAAAAUUGCCAUUAUGAAAAUGGAACGUUAUCGGUCGUACGAUCCCAUUAUUGGAAAAUUUACAGAACCUUGUAAACUUGCACUACAUAAAGCUAAAUUUUGAGUUCUACAGGGAUUAUUAUUUGGCAUAAUAGCAGUAAUGCAUACGCGACUAUUGUUGCGGGAUAUUUCAUUAUUAUACAUUUCUGAAUGAUUUAAAAAGUCACGAAUAUUUACAGUAAGAUUAUUCGAAAAGCGCGUGGACAUCCGACCCUUAAAUAGCACGACGAUGAACAUAAUUGUACACGAUAGAACCGUCGUACAGAAUAAAUACGAAAUAUACGUCUCAUUUGCAAUACCAAGUCUAUACAUGCAUACCCAUGCUCAAAUAUAUGAAAUACAAUUGGUUUCUUCAGUACUUAAUUUAAGACGGGUCGGCUAGUUGUAAAUAAGUCGGUAAUUGCAAGAAACUAUAAUUUCAUCCGUACCCUAACUUAUCCGG